ACCCCCCCCCCCCCCCCCCCCCCCCCCCCCCCCUCCACAUUCAUCCUCUUUAAGCCCUAAUCACCCACAUUAUUGCUCCAUCCUCCCAACCACAUUGCUAUAGUAUCAGCAGCUCAUCAGUUCGAUUCGACACCGAUAUCGAUAGGAGGGUAGGGGGUUGAUUCGUACAUCCAUAUCUGAGACGCGAUGCAUCGCUGCGAGAGCUCGAAUAACAUGGUUGGGCCGGGGUCGUGCUCGUGCGGGGGGUACCACCACGCCCAGUCGAGCCCGCUCUCCGUGCUCUACCCGGACCCGUAUUCGUACCCGAACCCUUACCCUUACUCGUACUCCUUGGCCUCGGGCUCAGCCUCCGUCGACUGCACUCUCUCGCUGGGGACGCCUUCGACCCGGCUCAGCGAGGACGUCGAUGACAGCAGCAGGAGGAGUCGUGGCAGCGGCCAAGAGCGGCGGUCGUCGAUUUCUAACUUCUGCUGGGACAUUCUCCAGACCACCAAGCACGGGGCGCCUUCUUCCGGGUCCCAGAGUAACAAGUCCGCUGGCCGAGGAAACAGUAGCGGCGGGGAUCCACUCCUCGCCCGCCGAUGCGCCAACUGCGACACCACCUCUACUCCGCUAUGGAGGAAUGGUCCUCGUGGCCCCAAGUCUCUUUGCAAUGCGUGCGGAAUCCGAUUCAAGAAAGAGGAGCGGAGGGCCACAGCAGCCGCUGCCUCAGCCAGCAGCAUGGAUGCGCAGUCCGCAAUGUUUAGCCACGGCCAGUACGGUUCGUGGGCAGCAGCUGCAGCCGCGCAGCCCCACCACCAGAAGCUCCCUUCGUGCCUUGGCACAGAGUUUAGGUUCAUGGAGGACGAAGCUCAAAACCACUCUGAUAACGGGAUCUCUUUCCUCUCAUGGCGCCUCAACGUGACGGACCGACCUAGCGGCCUCAUCCAUGACUUCACGAGAUGAGCAAGACAAAAGAAGACAAAAAACCGAAACCGAAUUCAUCAAAAUGUUACAAAAGAUAUAUAAUGUGUCGAUCACCAAAAUUAUCGUAUUAAGUUCAAAAUGUGAUGAAGAGGGGAAGUGACUGAGAUGUUUGUCUUUGUGGUGGUGAUGAUGAUGGUGAUAGUUAAGGUGGUCGUAGUCAAAUUCUUUUGUUUCUUUUUUUUUUCUUUUUUGUUUUUCCACUUUUUGUUUUUUUUUGUUUUUGCUUUUUUUGUUUGUCUCCUUCAGCAAAUCUGAAUCACAAGAUGAAGUGAAAACGGGAUAAUUCUAUGAUCUUUUAUUAGUCGA